AUGCUCAUCCGCUUCAAAUGAACCGUCCCACGCUCGCCUCCUCGCGUUCUAUCUUCACGCAGGCUGAGGUGAACCGAGCUAAGGUUCAACCUUCCGCCGUCACUCGCGUGAAUCCCGCUCUUGCAGGUUGGUUGGCAGGCUCGAACACUCCUCAGGCUAGCCCCGCGACGCCUGCGACGCUCGCUGCGUCCACAAUGACCACGAUGUCAAAGAUACCUGCGAUGCCCGCGAAAACGAUUCCUGCUCGCUCUACCGCUCCGAAAGGAAUCGAUAAGGAUCUCGCCAGCUGGCUCACGCCCGCGCCUAACCCGGUUGCCGCUCCCCCCAAGGAGACUCCGAUCAGCCAUUCCUCUUCAACGGUACUUCUCACCAAGAUGGAUGGCCCCGAGACAUCGAGAGUCGCCACUGUCGGAAAUGUCAAAGCUAUUCCUCAGUCUAUCGCUCUGCCGCCUUCUCUGAAGCAAGAUGUUGAUGCCAAUCCUGAGACGACCGUCCAUUCGAAGCCCAGUGGCUUGGGAAAGAGCCUGCGGGUCGCUUACGAUGCAAAGGUCAUCAAGGAGCAGAACGACUCCAACUUGAACGCCCGAGCUUCCGCUCUUCUUGUCGAAGACGUUGAAUCGGCCACACAGUCGCAGUCUAACUACAAUGGACAGGCUUCUCGUAUUCUUGAGAGAGUUGACAUCGAGCAAGAUGCUGAAACCUCCGCCGCGAAGACUGAGGCCUCUGCUGUUGAACCAGAGCCAAAGUUUGGCACUGUCGAAUGGGCUCUGGCGCAACUCAACCGCGGUCUGGAGCUUCCUGGAUUUGAUGCGUUUCACGCUCGGAAGGCUCAGGUAUCCAAAAAUAAGCCCGGCGUUGUGUCCAUCACCGAUCAUCACUCUGGAAAAGGCAGCGGAGCCGCUGAC